GUGGCGCUUGAUAUUUUUUACCAGGCUUUCCCCCCCCCUCUGUGGGAGGGUGGACCAGCUUUCCAGCAACCAUCACUGGACCACAUCUCUGCGUGGACCAUGACGCGGCUCCAUGCUUUGUGGGAUGUCGUCGCUCCAUGGCCCGUGCACUACCCAAGGCGCUCCAACGCGGGCGCCUUUCUGGAUACUCCGGUGCCCACAGAUGACCUGCCGCCGCCUGCUGCGAGGCGCGCGGCGCAAGUGGCAGCCCGGUUCCUGGUGCAGCUGGGCGCACCCUCCGAGGAUGUGGCCAAGUGGUCCGUGGAUCCGGAGGCGACCCUUCCAAGCAGCACCGGAAGCACCGGAAGCGGCGUGGCUUCCAAGGCCUCGGCGAUGCUGCGGAGAAAUGUGACGCUCUUCAAUGGCAACGAAGGUGAGGAGAGCAAGGCCUCGGAGCACAAGGAGCACAAAGAGGAUGACUACGACCCCUCAAAGCUGUUGAGUCAUGAAGACACGAGCAAGGCGCACGAAGAGCAGGAUGACUACGACCCCUCGAAGAUCUUGAAUCAUGGAGAGGAGGGCAAGGAGCACAAAGAGGACGACUACGACCCCUCGAAGAUUUUGAGCGGGCAUGGAGAUGAGGGCAAGGCGCAUGAAGAGGAUGACUACGACCCCAUGAAGAUCUUGAAUCAUGGAGACGAGACCAAGGAGACCGGACACGAGGGUGAACAUGCUGGUGAACAUGGCAAGGAAGGUGAGGUGGUGCACGGCGAGAAGAAGGAAGAUCCCUUGAAAGAUGUGGUGGUAGAUCCUGACAGCGGUCAUAUCUUGGACGGCAAGAGCGGACAAGAGAUCGACCCACUCACAGGUGAAGUGGUGGAUGACGGUAGCUACAUCGACGAGGGAACAGGCUUGGCCAUCGAUCCCUAUCAAGGUCGACUGUACGAUCCGGUCACGGGUCAAGGCAACGACUGAGCGUUUCACGAACGCAGCUGGAGGUGGGGUCUCCUUCACGCCAGGCAUA